AGUCCUAAAAAAGAUUCGCUAAUACAUGCUAAAUUUCGUCGGCGAAAAUCUACUUGACAAAAUACUUUGAAUGACGACUCUCCCACAUAGGUAUCUGCCCCCCGACCCUCCUCUACUGAAUGGUGAAAACCGCAGUUCGAAAUAACUUUUCAAUCAAAAGUUAUACAACUUUCUUCCACCUGCCUUUUUUUUUUAUUUCGAUAGUAGCUUGUCGAAAGGUGCAUCGGUCAUGAAUAGUUUCUUAGAUAAAUGUGGUUUAUCACGAAAUGUUGGUCAACCACGAUCGAAAAAAGAACUUUCCAUCGAGCAAGAACUCGCCAAGUUAUCUUCAAUUCCGAAGGAUGAUUAUGAAUUCGAUUGUUUUUGGCACGAACAUGUCGAUACCUUACCAAAAUUGACAAGCUUAGCGAGGAGAUAUUUAUCGAUUCCAUCUAGUAGUGUGGGUAGUGAAUCAGCCUUUUCCAUUUCAAGUUAUAUUCUUCGCAAAAACCGUUUAAAUCUUUCCUCCAAGAACUUAGGAAUUUCAAUGUUUCUCAAGGAUAAAAUCUGA